GGGAGUUGGAGUUUUGCUCAAUGGCAUGUUUGGUUCUGUCACUGGCACUUGUGCAUCUGUGGAAAAUGCUGGUCUAUUAGCUUUAACAAGAGUUGGUAGCAGAAGGGUCAUCCAAAUAUCAGCUGGCUUCAUGAUUUUCUUCUCUGUAUUUGGGAAAUUUGGAGCACUUUUUGCCUCAAUUCCUCUUCCAAUUAUUGCUGCCUUGUAUUGUGUCUUUUUCGGCUAUGUCUGUACGUACUCCCAUCUCUCUAACCAUAUGUGAAAUCUGAUUCUAAAAUUAACAAGACUAGCUACAUGGUUUGCAAUUUGUCAAUCGAUCCAUAUCUUUGUACGAUUAUUUUGCCUCAUUAUAA